AUGUCGGCGGCCGAUCGUCUAGUGUGCGUGGUGUGUGGCGAUACCAGCUCCGGCAAACAUUACGGCAUCCUUGCCUGCAACGGCUGCAGCGGGUUCUUCAAGCGCUCCGUCCGACGGAAACUCAUCUACAGGUGUCAGGCGGGCACUGGCCGCUGCGUUGUGGACAAGGCACAUCGGAACCAGUGCCAGGCCUGCAGACUCAAGAAAUGCCUCGCCAUGGGCAUGAACAAAGAUGCGGUACAGAAUGAGCGCCAACCUCGUAACACUGCCACGAUCCGACCAGAGACGCUGAGAGAUAUGGACCAAGAACGCGCUCUGAGAGAAGCUGCAGUGGCAGUAGGUGUUUUUGGACCUCCAGUAUCAUUAGCUAUGGCGCUUUCGCCGCAGCGGUACCCACUGCUGUCCCCGCACUACCCACAGCUACCUCCGCCCCAACCACAGCCGGACUCCUCGCGCGACCACGAGGAGAGGCACCACUCCGACAGCGACGAUGACAGUAUCGAUGUUACCAACGAGGAAGAUUCAACGUCCUACUCGCCGCCCGCCGCCAACCUCGCUGCCUAUCCUCAGAACUGCGGGCCUUGCAGACCGCUUGGAGUGGAAAGCGCGGCAGAGACAGCAGCCCGGCUGCUGUUCAUGGCCGUCAAAUGGGCCAAAAACCUGCCUUCCUUCGCUAGCCUCGCCUUCAGAGACCAGGUUAUACUGCUGGAGGAGGCAUGGUCGGAAUUGUUCCUCCUAAACGCAAUCCAGUGGUGCCUGCCGCUCGACGCGGCGUGUACGGCGCUCUUCGGCAGCGACCAAACUGACCAGGAAUCUGGAGCGGGCUCAGGUGUUUUGCGGCGACUGCGCGAGGUGCUGGGCCGGUACCGCGCAGUGCUGGUCGACCCGGCCGAAUUCGCUUGCAUGAAGGCCAUCGUACUCUUCAAAUCUGAGACACGCGGCCUCAAAGAUCCCCUGCAGAUCGAGAACCUCCAAGACCAGGCGCAGGUGAUGUUGAUGACGCACGCCCGCGCGGCGCACGCGGCGGCGCCCGCGCGCUUCGGCCGCCUGCUGCUGCUGCUGCCUCUGCUCCGCCUCGUCUCCCCGCACCAGCUCGAGAGGGAGUUCUUCGCCAAGACCAUCGGACAGACGCCCAUGGAGAAGGUGCUAGCUGACAUGUAUAAAAAUUAACUUUAGAUUGAUUGUUUUCUGUGAAGGUAAGAUUGGUGUUCGACAUUUAGCGCGAGAAACUGCGUUGUGAGACAAAAUGGUUCGU